AUGGUUCGCAUAGGAGGUGGUGAAUUCCCUCACAUCAAGGAGCCAGAUUAUCUUAGAGAUGGCCAGUACCGUGUUGAUGCUCAAGCAACUCCAACUAUGUUGAAUUGCCUCAUGUACAAGCUUUGCUAUUACAGGUUUGUUGAAACUGAUGGCAAAGGCUUUGACAGAGUAAGAGGAUAUGAAAUAGGAAAGAAGCAUUUCAAGCUAACACAUUUUGAGGAGGUUUUCACAACCCACCACUGGAUGGUGCGCAUUUAUAAACUGAAACCUCAAAAGAACAGGAUUAGGGGCAAGUUGAAGAAGUCGAAAUCCAGUUCCAAAACUAGUUCAACGCUUGCAGCGGGGCGAAAGAAGAACCCAUGGCAAUGAAGAGAAACCGUGUUCCAUUUACUUGAGGCUUGAUAUUGUAGCUCAACUGCACCAAGUUCAAAAGAACUAGAAUACUACAGAACUAGAUUAGAGAUAUCUGCAUUGUUGUGCUCGUAUUUGACCCCCUAAUGUGUUCUUUCUGGAACCAGCCAAAGUUCUGAUAGAAUUUUUGAUAGACGAGUUAUGUUUUUCUCCCCCUUUGUUGGGACGCUA